ACAAACGAGAAAGACUCAAAAGUCAAAGUCAAAGUCUUCCUCUUUGGAACAUCCGAUGCCAUCAUCCAUUGAAGACAUCAAAUACAUCACCAAUUCUAAUGUUUCUUCUCCACUCUUCAACCACCACCAUCACCACCACCACCACCACCACUUCCUGCAAAUAUGUCGACACCUGCAGAAUAUUACAAUUCUUUACCUCCGGUGAGCAAGACAUAUGGAGUUGCCUGUUUAAUGACAACAGCUGCCUAUUAUCUGGGUCUUUACGAUGCCUGGAUCAUAGCACUUUCUUAUGAGGAUGUAAUUAAACGCUUUCAGAUUUGGAGGCUUAUUACCAAUUUCUUCUUCCUGGGGCCAUUUUCGUUUCCUUUUGCAUUUCGUCUCAUAAUCAUAGCAAAAUAUGGGGUUUCAUUAGAGAGAGGAACUUUUGACAAGAGAACUGCUGAUUUUGUAUGGAUGUUCUUCUUUGGAGCCCUUUCACUUCUGGUGAUGGCUGCCAUUCCAAUGCUUUGGUCUCCUUUCAUGGGAAUUUCCUUAGUUUUUAUGAUUGUAUAUGUCUGGAGCCGCGAGUUCCCAAAUGCCCAGAUCAAUAUCUAUGGUCUCGUGUCACUUAAGGGAUUUUAUCUUCCAUGGGCAAUGCUAGCACUGGAUCUGAUUUUUGGAGAUCCAUUGAUGCCUGACAUUCUUGGUAUGGUAGCUGGACAUCUUUAUUACUUCCUAACAGUGCUUCAUCCUCUUUCUGGUGGCAAAUUCACGUUGAAGACCCCUUAUUGGGUUCACAAACUGGUGGCUUUCUGGGGCAGAGGGACACAAGUAAAUGCGCCUGUGCAGAGUGAUCCGCAUGCUGGAGUUGCUUUCCGGGGAAGAAGCUUCCGUCUGAAUGGCACCAGAACUAAUCCUAGAAACGAACCACAACAAGCAACCAAUUCAUCAGAACAGCAGGCUACUAAUAAUUCUUCCGGCGGUGUCGCUUUUCGUGGAAGAAGCUAUCGUGUUGGUGGACAAUAGAUCAAAGCAUACGUUUCUGUUUUAAGUCGGUAUCUGCUUGCAGUUCUAUAAAAAAUGUAGUAUUUGCUUGCUGAAUCAAACAAUUAGUUUACUAUUAUCUCAAGUGAUAAGCAUAUAAUUUUCAUGGGAAUUAUGAAGAAGAAAAAAAGAGAGGAGCAGACUUAAUUAAAAGAAAAAUGGUAGUCCUACUCUCUUAACUGUGCUAGAAUAAUCUUAUGCUAAGCUGCUAAAGUCAACAAUAUAACACAAUCCUUGUCGUCUGUAAUCACAUGCACAAAAAAUAAAAAUAAAAACUUGAUGGUUGAUUAUUGUCCUUCAA